AUGCCGGCCGAGGAAGAACCCGUGGCCAUGGACGCCAGGGACCCACCCGGCUCGCCCCAGCAAUUCUGUCUGCGGUGGAAUAAUUAUCAAUCCAACCUCACGAGUUGUUUUGACCAGCUGUUUCAAACGGAAACUUUGGUGGACGUGACGCUCGCCUGCGAUGGGAGGAAACUCAAGGCCCACAAAGUCGUGUUGUCUGCUUGCAGCCCCUACUUCCAGAGCUUGUUUAUGGAUAAUCCCAGUGAGCAUCCCAUCGUGAUAUUGCGCGACAUCAUGUACAGCGAUCUGAAGGCAGUGGUAGAGUUCAUGUACCGUGGGGAGAUAAACGUGUCGCAGGAGCAGAUCACGGGCUUGCUGAAAGUGGCCGAAACCUUAAAAGUGAGGGGAUUGACAGACGUCAACGGGGAGCAAGCCGUGCUGCGAGCCGAGACCGCCCAGAGAGAGAUGGAGGCCAGGGCUCAAAAGCGGCCAAUGGACGACGCGGUCACAAUUCCAUCCAAGGUCCGCAGAAGGGGCUCGGACAUCGAGCGCAGCCCGAGGCAGAGCCCCCGCGAGUCCCCAUCGACACCAGCCGACCUUCUGCCUCCGCCGGACGUCAGCGUGCCCAUGCCCAUCCACGGCGACGACGCGGACAUCAGACCAGGCAUCGCUGAAAUGAUUCGCGAGGAAGAAAGGGUGAGUCCAAUGUUCUAA